AAUCUCCAACAAAAAGCAAGGCUCUGAAAAAGGGGCAGCGGCCAGGAGGGGGGCUGCAGAGAUGGAUGAGCAAGACAAUCUGAACUUCUCAGACACAGACAGCAGCAAGGGUGUAACAACCGCAUGCAACCCUUCCAACGAGGAAGACUUUGUAGUUCUGGAAAGAGAUGAGAACUGGAUGUCGAAUGAUGUGGAAAACAGCACCGCAGGUCCCCAAAGCAGACCUGGGUGCGAGGAGGAAGGUUCUGACAUUUGCAAUGACGGCAAACUUUUACAAUCUUCCAGGAUUUCACCUCAAGAGAAGAAUAAAGACAGUGCACGUGCUAAGGGUUCAGGCGGAGACAGUUUAGAGACAGAAAUGGGUCGUCAUUCAACUCAAGUGACAGCCAGCAGGUGCCAGCUAAAAGGAGUAAGCUGUGGCCGGGCUGCUCUAACCAAGACAACUGGGAAGGGAAUAGCAGAGGCGGACGAAAAUAUUGCCAUUCGUAUGAAGGAGGAGCAAAACACCUGUAAGGAUCAGCGGCAAGAAGUUGAUCACAAACAUGAGAACAGGUUUGCUGGUGCUGUGUCCAAGAGGGCCAAAGCUGGAGUCCAUAGCAACCUACUAUCUUCUACCAAAAGAGAUAAUGUUCAAAUCACCAGCUCUCACCUUUCACAAACUGAAGCGUCUAAUUCCGGAGAACCACACCUGCAAGACGGUCAUUCAAUGACCCUGGAACAAACUAAUUCUAUGCCUUCUCCACUGCAGGCGGGAAGCUGUGAUGAAACUAUCCAGGUUGCUUGUCUGAAAAAGGAAAGUGAGCUUGUUUGCUUCUCUGCAGUCGUCACACCUCCACCUGUAACUCACAGUUUACCAGGGAAAGACACAUCAAGUCCACCAGAAGCACCGUCUGCCUUGUCCACCAUGCCAGCAGAGAAAUCCAGACCAAAAGGUCCACCUCCUCCCGUCCCCAAAAAGCCCAAGAAUCCUUUCAUAAAGCUUAAAACUGCCCAGCUAAUGUCUACUGAAGUGCAAAGAAGAGUCAAAGAUCAUCUGCGAUCAGAGGAUAAGGCCAAGAGGAGACACACGUUUCAUUUCAACAAACAUCUUCCAUAUGGUGCACCAACUAAUCAGGACAUGUGCAUGUUGUGGGACGAAAGGGGCUCGUAUGCUGUACCGCCUCACUUCCGCCGACUAUCAGCUGACGUUGGUCAGUGGGACCGUCUGUCUCCGAGGGACAUGGAUGAUCGCUUUGGAGAUAUGAUUGAUUAUGAAUAUUGUGAGCGAAUGGCAGAGCUGUCUCCAGAGGAAGAGCCUCAAAACCUGGACAUGAUGCAGAGACGGGUGUUCCUAGAGAGACGAUCCAGAUGCAAAUGGUCGCCUCCUCCUGUUACGGAAAUUCUUUCCAGGCCAAGGGUCGUGCCUAACGAUGAAACUGAAAGCCGAAAACAUACGUUUUUAGAGAAAAAGGAAACACAACCGAUCCUUCUGACUCACAGAGUCGAUACACACAGCCAAUGCGAGCAUGCUAAAGAUUCAACAGAUCCCACCAGCAGCAGAGACACAGAAAGAUGCAGCGAGGUGGGGUCCUACAAGCCGGUGGCCGAAAUUGUGAAAGAAACGAACCAAAUGCAGAGACAGCAAGGUCGAGUCAAACCUGAAGGGCCCAAAGUUCAGGUUCGUCUGGCAGAGCAGAACCCAACUUUGAAAGUUUCCCAAAUGAAGAAUGCCUUUGAUGUCCCAAAGAAAUCCAAGGAGAGACCAGUGGAAAUCCAAGCACCUCCAAAGAAAGAAAUGUCGCGGCGAGUUGUGCGACAGAGCAAGUUCCGUCACGUGUUCGGUCAGGCGGUGAGGAACGACCAGUGUUACGAUGACAUCCGUGUAUCCAGGGUGACAUGGGACAGCUCCUUCUGUGCCGUCAACCCCAAGUUUGUUGCCAUCAUCAUAGAUGCCAGCGGAGGAGGAGCGUUUCUCAUUCUUCCUUUAAAUAAGACUGGCCGUAUAGACAAGGCGUACCCAACAGUUUGUGGUCACACAGGCCCAGUGUUGGACAUCGAUUGGUGUCCACAUAAUGAUCACGUCAUUGCAAGCGGCUCGGAGGACUGCACAGUCAUGGUCUGGCAGAUCCCUGAGAAUGGACUGGAUGCUGCGCUGUCAGAGCCUGUGGUCGUGUUGGAGGGCCACUCUAAAAGGGUCGGCAUUGUGUCCUGGCAUCCCACGGCUCGCAAUGUUCUACUCAGUGCCGGCUGUGACAACCAGGUGGUCAUCUGGAACGUGGGGACGGGGGAGGCCAUGAUCAGCCUGGACGACAUGCACCCGGAUGUCAUCUUUAGCGUCAGCUGGAGUCGCAACGGCAGCCUGCUGUGCACCGCCUGCAAGGACAAAAAGGUCCGCAUCAUCGACCCACGUAAAAAGAAGAUAGUGGCGGAGAAGGACAAAGCCCAUGAGGGAGCUCGACCCAUGAGAGCCAUCUUUUUAGCAGACGGAAACAUUUUCACCACUGGAUUCAGCCGCAUGAGCGAGCGUCAGCUGGCCCUGUGGAAAUCUGACAACCUGGAUGAGCCUAUAUGUGUCCAAGAGAUGGACUCCAGCAAUGGAGUUCUGCUGCCAUUCUACGAUCCAGACACUAGCAUAGUCUACCUGUGUGGAAAGGGAGACAGCAGCAUUCGGUACUUUGAGAUCACCGACGAGGCGCCGUUUGUUCAUUACCUCAACACCUUUUCAACAAAGGAGCCCCAGAGAGGCAUGGGCUACAUGCCCAAGAGAGGCCUGGACGUCAACAAAUGUGAAAUAGCUAGGUUUUAUAAAUUACAUGAGAGAAAAUGUGAACCAAUCAUCAUGACAGUCCCACGUAAGUCGGAUCUGUUCCAGGACGACCUGUACCCGGACACGGCCGGCCCUGAUCCCGCCUUGGAGGCAGAGGAAUGGUUCGCCGGGAAGAACGGAGGCCCGAUCCUGAUCUCACUCAAAGACGGCUACGUCUCCACCAAGAACCGGGACCUGAAGGUGGUCAAAACCAACGUCCUGGAGAGCAAGCCGGCCAUAAAAGCAGAGAGCAUCCCAACCAUCCAGAAACAUGUUUCUCCACAAUCUACUGUUAAAAUGGAAGACAAACUGGAAGAGGUACUCCGAGAGUUCAAGUCACUCAGGGACCGCGUCAUCCUCCAGGACCGCCGGAUCGCCCGACUCGAAGAUCAGGUCUCCAAGGUUGCCAUGUAAGACGCAGAGACCCUUGCCAGGAUUGCUGUUUUCUUCUGGAGUCAGCUACGGCCAGUUUUUAAAGAUUCGGCUCCACCGAGCUUGGUUUCCGUCCCAUUCCGCCGAAACCAAGCCCACAUUCCAAGACGAACUUUUACUUUCGCUCAUCGGACCUCCCGUUUCACACUCUGCCCUGACCCCCUCACGGAGGAGAGGAAAAACUUUCAAAGCUCAUGUUCACAUCCGAAGAAAAGACGUUUUUGUUACAGAAAGUCUUAACUGUUUUUAUUUUUUAAGAUGUGGUGAAGCAUUCUCACUUGAAGGUUGUACUUACUGCUCAACAACUGUAGCAUCAGUAUUUCCAUUGUUCUUAUUGUGUUGCCAAAUAUGAAUUGUGUGCCGUUUCAUGCACUGCUUUUACGUUGUUGUUGUUUUUUUCUCCUCCUGUUGUACAUUCCAGUCACAACCUGGUAGAACAGUACAAGUCAAAGCUGGAUUAUUUUUAAAACAAAUGCUGUCGGACUGUUUUCUUCCCCGCAGUUUGCUCGUUGGCAUCAGUCAGAAUAUGAAUGUGGAAGAGAUCCUAAAACAGUUUUCUCCUGUUCUUCUGGGGGCUUUUAAAUUUACCAUUGGGGUCCGAACAUGGAGGUGGAGGGUGGGUGGGUGUAACAUCUUCCUGCUGUAAAUGUUGUGAAAAUGUUGUGGUGCCUCUUGUCACUGUUAAGGGUCAGACGAACGUUGCCCUCUCCGGUGCGUCUUGGUAUUGGGAAGGGACCACUCAGCCCGUGUUUUACUGAACCUCUGACAGACAGUUCUGUGCACAUAAUAAAAAUUUUACAC